UAUGCGACCUCGUCUUGUGUCAGGCGUCGGUUCCUCCGACGAACAAGGAGGCCGUCAAAUGUUUACUACAUCCUCGUCAUCUUAGAUCGUUACCAUGAGUAAGUACAAAGGGGGAGUCAAAGAGCUGCAAUAGCUUUUCCACCCUUCACAUUUGCUUCACCGCCUUCACUGGAUCAACACAACCUGACUUUCCGUACGUGUGUGUGAUUGUAAGUGCUAAUGGAGUUUUGCUCUUCUCCACUACAUCAUUGUCCUAUGGCAAAAAGGUGGUUUUUCCUCUUGCUAUUGGUUACUGUCCUCGACAUCAAAGGGAUCGUAUCAGACUCUACAUACUCAAUCGGAGUUGGGAGCUAUGACAUAACAGGACCUGCAGCAGAUGUUAACAUGAUGGGAUAUGCUAAUGCUGAGCAAAUUGCUUCUGGCAUCCAUUUUAGGCUCAAGGCACGGGCAUUUAUCGUUGCAAAGCCAAAAGGGAACCGGGUGGUUUUUGUAAAUCUUGAUGCAUGCAUGGCAUCACAACUUGUGACGAUUAAGCUUCUUGAGAGAUUGAAAUCGAGGUAUGGAGAUCUGUAUAAUGAGAAAAAUGUAGCCAUCAGUGGUAUUCACACGCAUGGUGGACCUGGGGGUUACCUCCAAUAUGUUGUGUAUAUUAUAACAUCUCUUGGAUUUGUAAAGCAAUCAUUCGAUGUAAUCGUUGAUGGCAUUGAGAGAAGCAUCAUAGAAGCCCAUGAAAAUCUCCAACCUGGUGACAUCUUUGUCAACAAAGGAGAAUUAUUGAAUGCCAAUAUAAAUCGCAGUCCUAGUGCCUACCUGAAUAAUCCGAGUGAGGAACGAAGCCUAUAUAAAUAUGACGUUGACAAAGAAAUGACCUCUCUGAAGUUUGUACAAGAUAAAUGGGGGGCUGUUGGGAGUUUUAACUGGUUUGCAACUCAUGGUACUUCGAUGAGUAGAACAAACUCAUUGAUAAGCGGAGAUAACAAAGGUGCUGCUGCACGUUUCAUGGAGGACUGGGCACAACUGAAGGGCUAUCCAAAAGGGAACAAUGGGAUAAGUCCUGGUAGAGCCAGAACUAGACCGAAUGGACUCCAAAGAAGAGUUUCACUCAUAAUUCCUCAACCACACAAAAAUGUUCAUGAACUAAGGCUACUGGCUUCAUCCUUCCUACCCUCGGGUGGAAGGAAUCUAGAAAGCUCUGAAGAUAUUUCACAACAAGUUCGAAAUAACCUGGGUGGCAAACCAAAAUUUGUAUCUGCCUUUUGUCAGUCAAAUUGUGGAGAUGUAAGCCCAAAUGUUCUAGGGGCAUUCUGCAUUGACACUGGUCUCCCUUGUGAUUUCAAUCAUAGUACCUGCAACGGGAAGAAUGAACUUUGCUAUUCGCGAGGCCCAGGUUACCCAGAUGAAUUUGAAAGCACAAGGAUCAUUGGUGAAAGACAAUUCACAAAGGCUGUUGAGCUCUUCAAUACAGCCUCUGAGCUGGUAAAAGAAAAAAUUGACUAUCGUCAAACCUACUUAGACUUCUCAAAACUUGAGAUCACCCUUCAUUCAAGUGACGGUGGUCGAGAAGUCGUUCGAACAUGUCCAGCAGCUUUGGGAUUUGCUUUUGGUGCUGGAACAACUGAUGGUCCUGGAAUGUUUGAUUUCAAGCAAGGAGAUGUUAAGGGUAAUCCUUUUUGGAAUUUUGUGAGGAAUGUGUUGAAAGAACCCAGUAAAGAACAAGUUGCUUGUCAUCAGCCAAAGCCAAUACUGCUUGACAAUGGUGAAAUGGAUAUACCGUACAAAUGGGCACCUGCCAUACUCCCUAUCCAGAUACUACGAAUAGGUCAGGUGGUCAUCCUCUGUGUCCCUGGAGAGUUCACUACAAUGGCUGGAAGACGACUCCGAGAUGCUGUGCGCGAAGUACUUACCAGUAAUGGCGAUGGUGAAUUCGACAGUGGUGUUCAUAUUGUUAUUGCCGGGCUGUCGAACACAUACUCACAGUACGUGACCACUUUUGAGGAGUACCAGAUCCAAAGAUAUGAGGGAGCAUCGACUUUGUACGGCCCUCACACACUCAGCGCUUACAUUCAAGAGUUCAAAAAACUAGCUUCUGCCCUUCUGACUGGCAAGUCCGUCGAAUCAAAAUUGGAGCCUCCGGACCUGUCAGACAAGCAAAUCAGCCUUCUCCCUCCUGUCAUUCUCGACACUACUCCAUUGGGAGUUAACUUCGGCGAUAUAAGCACAGACAUUCCUGAAAACUCUACGUUCCAGCCGGGAGAUACAGUGACAGCCACCUUCUGGUCUGCUUGUCCCAGGAACGACCUCUUAACGAAGUCCACAUUUUCCCUCGUAGAGCUUUUAGUCUCCUCCGGAAGCAGUGCUUGGUCUCCAGUGUAUGACGAUGAUGAUUUCAGCUUGCGCUUCAAGUGGUCAAGGCCUUCUAUAUUCAGCUCUGAAAGCUACGCUACGCUCGAGUGGAGAAUCCCUGAACAAGUUGUUGCUGGAGUCUAUAGAUUUAGACAUUUGGGCGCGUCAAAAAGUUUGUUGGGGAAGAUCAGCCAUUUCACUGGCACUUCUCGAGCGUUUGUUGUGGUUAGUAAGUGAGCUUUUAGUCGAUUUCCAUGCUUGAUCAUAGCUACCUUGUCAGUAAUUAUCAAUAUGAAUAAGUUGAACGAUACCUCUGUAGUCAAUGCAAUGCUAUUAUAAUCAGACUAAAUAUUAAG